AUGUGGGAUCUUUUUUGGGACUGGGACCAAAGAAGGAUUCUUCCGGUCACAGCGGCUGUGAUGGAAACCGCAAGCCCCAACCUCAACGAGUGCACACAAUUCGCAGAAGGAAUUAAGUCCAAGACACCAGAGGUCAUGCUCACCUACAACCUCUCGCCGUCCUUCAAGUGGGAUGCUUUCGGUAUGACGGAUCAGCAAAUGUACAUAACGCUUGCGGGUUUCCAUGCGGUUGCUCUUGUGGUCGAUACCUUUGCAGAGGAUUACGCAAGGAGAGGGAUGCUGGCUUAUGUGGAGAGGAUUCAGAGAGAAGAGAGGAGCAAUGGGAUUGACACUUUGGCUCAUCAGAAAUGGUCAGGUGCUAAUUACUAUGAUCAUUAUCUUAAGACCGUCCAAGAGGAGCAAGGACGAGAAUUAGCAGCAAACGUGACAGAUCAGGAUUUUACCAGUUCCAAGGCUCGGUCACAGCGGCUGUGGUCCGUGGCUGGGCCUUUGCAUAGAUCACUGACAUUAUCUGGAUGGAAACGGCAAGCCCCGAUCUCAAUGAGUACACACAAUUCGCAGAAGGAAUCAAGUCCAAGACACCAGAGGUCAUGCUCGCCUACAACCUCUCGCCGUCCUUCAAGUGGGACGCUUCCGUACAUAACGCUUGCGGGUUUCCAUGCAAUUGCUCUUGUUGGUGAUACCUUUGCAGAUGAUUACGCAAGGAGAGGGAUGCUGGCUUAUGUGGAGAGGAUUCAGAGAGAAGAGAGGAGCAAUGGAGUUGACAUUUUUGCUCAUCAGAAAUGGUCAGGUGCUAAUUACUAUGAUCGUUAUCUUAAGACCGUCCAAGAGGAGCAAGGACGAGAAUUAGCAGCAAACGUGACAGAUCAGGAUUUUACCAGUUCCAAGGCUCGGUCACAGCGGCUGUGGUCCGUGGCUGGGCCUUUGCAUAGAUCACUGACAUUAUCUGGAUGGAAAGAGCAACCCCCGAUCUCAAUGAGUGCACACAAUUCGCAGAAGGAAUCAAGUCCAAGACGCCAGAGGUCAUGCUCGCCUACAACCUCUCGCCGUCCUUCAAGUGGGAUGCUUCCGUACAUAACACUUGCGGGUUUCCAUGUAAUUGCUCUUGUGGUCGAUACCUUUGCAGAGGAUUACGCAAGGAGAGGGAUGCUGGCUUAUGUGGAGAGGAUUCAGAGAGAAGAGAGGAGCAAUGGAGUUGGAACUUUUGCUCAUCAGAAAUGGUCAGGUGCUAAUUACUAUGAUCGUUAUCUUAAGACCGUCCAAGCCAGGUAUGAGAUCGGCCUAUCAGAGGAGCAAUUACGAGAAUUAGCAGCAAACAUGACAGAUCAGGAUUUUACCAGUUCUAAGGCUCGGUCACAGCGGCUGUGGUCCGUGGCUGGGCCUUUGCAUAGAUCACUGACAUUAUCUGGAUGGAAAGAGCAAGCCCCGAUCUCAAUGAGUGCACACAAUUUGCAGAAGGAAUCAAGUCCAAGACGCCAGAGGUCAUGCUCGCCUACAACCUCUCGCCGUCCUUCAUGUGGGACGCUUCCGUACAUAACGCUUGCGGGUUUCCAUGUAAUUGCUCUUGUGGUCGAUACCUUUGCAGAGGAUUACGCAGGGAGAGGGAUGCUGGCUUAUGUGGAGAGGAUUCAGAGAGAAGAGAGGAGCAAUGGAGUUGAAACUUUUGCUCAUCAGAAAUGGUCAGGUGCUAAUUACUAUGAUCGUUAUCUUAAGACCGUCCAAGGAUUUUACCAGUUCCAGCGGCUGUGGUCCGUGGCUGGGCCUUUGCAUAGAUCACUGACAUUAUCUGGAUGGAAAGAGCAACCCCCGAUCUCAAUGAGUGCACACAAUUCGCAGAAGGAAUCAAGUCCAAGACACCAGAGGUCAUGCUCGCCUACAACCUCUCGCUGUCCUUCAAGUGGGACGCUUCCGUACAUAAUGCUUGCGGGUUUCCAUGUAAUUGCUCUUGUGGUCGAUACCUUUGCAGAGGAUUACGCAAGGAGAGGGAUGCUGGCUUAUGUGGAGAGGAUUCAGAGAGAAGAGAGGAGCAAUGGAGUUGAAACUUUUGCUCAUCAGAAAUGGUCAGGUGCUAAUUACUAUGAUCGUUAUCUUAAGACCGUCCAA